AACGCAUCGAGGGGGCGCUAGGACCCCGCUUCUGGCAAAGGUGCCUGGGUGCCCACCCAUGGCUGGCAGGCAGAGGCUGAGCAGACUGCGGCAGCUCCGGGUCGCUGUAAAUACCCGAAGCCAGGGAAAGGCGGGCGGACAGGCAGAAGGACGAGACUUGGGGAGGUAGGAAGUCUCUCCAAGACGCAGCCGCGCCCUCCGAUGCCCGCGCCGGAGCUGCUGCCUUCCAAUGGAUACCUGCUGAAGUUCCUCUUGGCUUGGGAGCCCUAAUCAGGCUCAGUCACCAUCAGCGUCAAGGAAAACAACCCGACCGGGCGACCCACCCAUGGAGAACCAGUCUUGGGACUUCUUUGGCGCUCCGCUGGGCAAUGCCAGCGCCAACCAGACUCUUCUGGACAAGAUGCCCCAUCUGCCCCUGGAAGUGCAAGUGGUGACCAUCUUGCUGGUGCUGCUGAUUUGCGGGGUGGGCAUCGCCGGCAACGUCAUGGUGGUGCUGGUGGUCCUUCGCACCAAGCACAUGGUGACCCCCACCAACUGCUACCUGGUGAGCUUGGCCGUGGCCGACCUGAUUGUGCUGCUGGCCGCGGGGCUGCCCAACAUCUCGGAGGUGGUGGCUUCCUGGGUGUACGGCUACGCCGGCUGCCUGUGCAUCACCUACCUGCAGUAUCUCGGCAUCAACAUCUCGGCCUGCUCCAUCACGGCCUUCACGGUGGAGCGCUACAUCGCCAUUUGCCACUCCAUCAAGGCGCAGCUGCUCUGCACCGUGGCCCGGGCCAAGCGCAUCAUCGCCUGCGUGUGGCUGUUCACCUCCCUCUACUGCCUCAUGUGGUUCUUCCUGGUGGACACGUCGCAAGUCCUGUUCUCCGACGGCACGCAAGUCAAGUGCGGCUACCGGGUCUCCAGGAACCUCUACAUGCCCAUCUACUUCUUGGAUUUCACCGUCUUCUACAUCAUCCCGCUGGGCUUGGCCACCGUCCUCUACGGCCUCAUUGCCCGCAUCCUCUUCACGAACCCGCUGCCUGCCACCCCGCAGCACGAUGGCCGGCCGAGCAAACAUGGCGGCUCUAUCAGCACCUCCAGCUCCAUGAAACUCUCCUGCCGGGGGAACAAGGGUGCUCUCAGCUCCAGGAAACAGGUGACAAAGAUGCUAGCUGUGGUGGUGAUCCUCUUUGCCCUCCUGUGGAUGCCGUACCGCACCCUGGUGGUGGUCAACUCCUUCAUGGACCCUCCUUACCUGAACAUCUGGUUCGUCCUCUUCUGUAGGCUCUGCAUCUACCUGAACAGCGCCAUCAACCCCAUCAUUUACAAUGUGAUGUCUCAAAAGUUCAGAGCUGCCUUCAAAAAGCUAUGCAAAUGUGGGGGGAAGAGGACAGAGAUCGCCACUCAGUACAAUGCUCCUGUCUUCUACAGCACCAUGAAAGACUAUUCCCAUGACAGUUCUGAGCACAACAUCACAGAACAAGAAGAUCUCAAUGGCUACCCAUCAUCAGCAAGGAGGAGUAAACCUUCCAAAUAAAUGCAUCACACAAUACCAGCUUUGGUAAUGGCAACCGCCUACUCAAGUAGUUCCAAGAAUGUGUGAACAGCAUGCCACAGGCCUGAUGUUUCCCUCUUGCCAUUUGUACGUAAUAUUUAUACAAGGCCAACCAGUUUGUUUUGCGCUAUAAUGUUAACUUCAGGUCAACCUUGGUCAGCAUUUUGGAUCAUUAGGCGUUCUGUAAAGAUUG